AUGCCCUUCUUACGACGUCGCGGCCAUCUGGCCAGCGAGACCGACAUGCGGCGCCACUCGCUGCUCGACAGCUUUACCGCAUCCGCGUCCGCGUCCAAACUUCCCCAAGUUCGAGCCGAGCCCAGCACUGAGUCGCCAGCUCUGCCCUCCGUUUCCGAAGAUUCCCAAGCCCCCAAAACGCCGACUCAGAUGGCUCCCCUCUCUUCGUCGGCCCUUCCCCGAGACAGCCUUUCAGCCGCUUCCAGCCAUGCUGUCCCAUCUAUUGUUGAGCCAUCCGCGAACGGUCACUCGCACAGCCCCGACGACACAGCACAGAAACAUCGACGUUUUUCCAUGCUGAGGUUCCGUAAUGCGUCAGAUUCUCAGCUUGCGGCGAAGGCCAAGCUGCAUGCUGCGGCGACAGAGAAGGCCCCUCCCGUGCCACGUCCUCCCGAAAUCAUCACCACUGCUCCAACCUUCACUUCCAUAGCUCCGAAAAAGAGGCCUUCUCGUAUGAAUUUUGCAGCACGCCUACGCCGUUCCGGGGAGCUGCCCAGAGCCGACCAGUUGGAAGAGUCGCACGAUAAACUCACUUUGAAAGUCCCUGAAGAGGGAUCCAACAGCACUCAGAGCACUCAGAGCACUCCGACCGAUGAGCUUUCUGCACAUGAGCCUGCCCCUCCGGCAUACGGAGAUGAGCACUCAACAACGUUGGCAAUACCUGCUAACAGGUUAUCCGAGUCAUCAAGGUCGGAUGCCAGUUCGGGCGAUAGGAUCUAUGGGAGAACCUUACUUCCCAAGCCCUCGUCACCCGCUACGGCUCUGUUUAGACCCGCCUCGAGGCAUUCUGGCCAUUCCUCGCCAAGCCGGACUCAAUCGCAUAGGAGGGGUAGGUCCUCGACUAUGAGUUCGCUGGGAAGGAAUUCGCCAAGGGAAUCUGUGGAUGAUCAUUUGGCCCCGCCAACUACCAGAACGUCCAUGUCCACGAGCCGCAAGAGUUUUGGCGACCUCCUAGGGCUGAAUCGACUUCGGAAUAACGGGGACUUGGCACCAUCCCGUCAAGGGACGCUAACUCCCGCGACGCCCGCAUCCAACGCCUCGAAGAACAACUCUCUUCAGUUACCGAGGGAUUCGUUUGUCCUUCCGGAGCGUCGCGAUGAUGACACACCUGCUAAGUAUCUCGAGCGCUUGCUAGCAGUAGUCAGUCGGAGCGUGGUAGCAGCUGCACUUUCCAAAAGUAACGAGCCUUUUUCGCUUGCCGUUCUGCGGAGUUAUAUGCGCGGAUUUAAGUUCUUCGGUGACCCCAUGGAUAUGGCGUUGCGUAAGCUGCUGAUGGAGGCAGAGCUCCCCAAGGAGACGCAACAGAUCGACCGGUUUGUGCAGGCGUUUGCCAACAGGUAUCAUGAGUGUAACCCGGGAAUUUAUUCGUCCCCGGACCAGGCAUACUUCAUUGCAUUCUCACUCCUGAUCCUUCACACAGACGUUUUCAAUAAGAACAACAAGCACAAAAUGCAAAAGGCCGAUUACCUAAAGAAUACCCGAGGAGAAGGUAUCUUCGAUGAUAUCCUCGAGGUCUUCUAUGAUAACAUUACAUAUACCCCUUUCAUCCACGUCGAAGACGAGUUCGAUAUCAACGGCGAGCGAAUCGUUACCCAAAAGGCACGGAAGAAGUUGCUCUUUCCGAGUGGGCACCCCGAUUCGGCCAAGAAGAUUCUGAAGGAGCCCGUUGAUCCAUAUGCGCUCAUUAUUGAAAACAGGUUGGACUUGCUUAGGCCAAAUUUGAAGGACGUGAUGCAACUCGACGACCCUUAUUCAUACCUGGGAACCGCUAAGAGUCUUAACGUGAAGGAUCUCCAGAAAACCUUUUUCAAGACGGGCGUAUUGCAGAUAGUAUCUGCAAGAUCCCGUCCAGAUGCUUUCAUGACGGACAAGACAACUAACAACCCCGACGCGGCUCAUCCUGGCAUUGUAGAUAUCAAAAUAACGAAGGUCGGGUUGUUGUGGCGGAAAGAUACCAAGAAGAAAAAGACUCGGUCGCCCUGGCAAGAAUGGGGUGCCAUCCUUACCGGCGCUCAGCUCUACUUCUUCCGGAAUACUGCAUGGGUCAAGCAUUUGAUGCACCAACAGAAGGACCAUAUUAAGAAGGGCCACGAUGGUGAUCCAUGCAUAUUUAAGCCACCCUUGGAUCAGUUCAAACCAGAUGCUUUGAUGUCGACAGACGGCGCGGUCGCUCUGAUGGACUCGAGUUACACCAAGCACAAGCACGCCUUCCUUUAUGUCAGGCAUGGAGGACUCGAGGAGGUCCUCCUUGCAGAAGAUGAGGAUGAUAUGAACGACUGGCUUGCUAAACUCAACUAUGCUGCUGCCUUCAGGACAUCCGGUGUCCGUAUGCGUGGUGUCAUCGGCGGAAACUACGAUGGUCAGUCGCGGCGGGCCCUUCGAGCCUCGGCUAGCGAUAAUGUCCAAAUCAUCCGGACACCAUCCGGCGAGGUGACAGUCACACGCAGCCGGAUAGACCACAAAAUGGCCCAAGAUAUCCUGGCGGCCCGGCGAGAGAUCAUGCGGCAAAAGAUCCAAGACUACAACGAGAAGCUCAAGGAGGCCGAGACGACGCUUGAACUUCAGCUGCGGAACGCCAGACAUCUCCAGAUUCUUGCCCCCAUCUCUCAAAAGACGCGUGAGCAGAUGCUGCUGUCUGCUGCGCGCAUGGCUGCGCAAGUAAAAUGGACUCGGAUGGAAAUUUGGAAGCUCAAGUGCCACCGAGAUAUUCUGCAACUGGAUUUAGAGGAUGAGCGGCAAUCCCUGGGUCUCCCACCUGACCCGAAGACGGACUUGGCCUUAAAGCCCAUCACAAGGGAAGAUUCUAAGGUCACCCAAAAGCCUCCUCCAUCGCCUACUCACGCCACAUUAACAGAGAGCCCCAGCACGGCUACCGCAAACUCAGAGGAGGACGUAACUUCGCCAGUCACCGGAACAUUCCAGACCCCUCCUGCCAGCGCAACGGAGAUCCAUAAUACCCGGGAGGAGUUGCCAGGCAUGUCCUUUGACCAUCUUCAUCGCAGAAAGGGAUCGGUGUCAACAAUCCUUACCUCUCAAGCUUCGCCCCCGAUGACGCCACUGCAGAAUGAGAUCAGACUGGCUGAGUCUCCGAAAAAGCCCGCCGAGUUUGAUCAGCAUGAUGAUGUUGAUGCCAACGAACGUGACUUGCUGGAACAGGCAGGUCUGCUCGAGCCUGAGAUCUCGAGGACGUCAGAACAUAAGGGCCCUGGUAGCGAGUUGGAGGAGACGCCUGAGCGACGCAGGCGUGGUUCAACUGGCGCUGUUGGAGACCGCAGCGAGCGUAGCAAGAUCCGGCGGAGUUUGCAGAGAACGCUGCGCGAGGGUGCCGGGCAUAUCUCUCAUCACCGCCAUCGCAAGGGCAAGGAAUCAAUUUCGAAUUCCUCCAUUACGGAGGAAGCCAACCGUGAUGCACCUGCCGACUCUCUUCCUCGUAGCUCCGGUUCUUUUGUGGUGCACGGCAAGAAAGCCUCUGUCGUUACCCUCGGCAACGAGCUCCAGAUCCAGGGCCUCACAGCCGAGGACCGCAUUCGCCAGCGGAUGCACCGCGAUGACGCUUCGAGCGGUCGGAUAGGGCCAGCUGAAAGCAGCGAUUUCCAGUCGGUGCUCACUACACGAGCUACCUCUGAACGUGAACAUCGCGAAUCAGCUGCCAGCGCCAGUACGGCGACAGCGAGGAGCUUCCGUGAGCUUCAUAGGAAGUACUCGACUGCCAGAGCCGGUGGUGGAAAUAGCCUGGUCGUUCCUUCAGAUGAGGACAGCGAUGCGGCGGUCAGCUUUUCCGACGGUCGACGCACACCGCUCCCUCCGAUCGAACAUGAGGAGGAGGAUCUGCCGGUGCAGUCUCAACAAGAGCUCUCAACCGACACGGUUGUUCCUGCCGAUGCUGAUGCAGGCGAAUACCGGUCUCAAUAUCGCGACCCGAGCCCUUCGCCUAGUCGGGAGGAGCGCAAUACAGUGUUCUUCACCCCUGAUCCGCCGGCAACCCCGGUUGAUGAGGAGCCGAAGAAGCUAGAGGCCAAGUUGAAGGAGCAGGAACAGCAGCAGGGCCAGGGGCAAAGUCAGGAGGAGGAUCAGAAGAAGGAGGGACAGGAGAAGCCUUCAAACCGACUGCCAAGUCCUCCCCUGCAGGCUGUCAAAGCUUGA